GUGUUAAGUUUGUUAUUUUACAAAUUUUCUUAUCUUUUUUUUUUUAUUUAUUUAUUUAAACUUUCUCUAUUGUAAUUGGUGUUGCUGCUAUUAAUUAAUUUCUGGUGCUAAUUUGAGAGUGUAUGUGUGAGAGACAGAGAGAGAGAGAGAGAGGAAUCAAGAUAGCGCCUUUUGAAUUUUCUAUCAGAAUCUGAGGACCCAAAAUCUAGGGUUUUCUGUUCUUUCUCUUGGUAAGGAUCUGUAGACAUGCAGUCCAAGUCUGAAACUGCAAAUCGACUGAGGUCAGAUCCUCAUUCCUUUCAACCUGGAAGUGUUUAUUCCGAGCCUUGGUGGCGUGGUAUUGGUUACAAUCCCUUGGCCCAAACAAUGGCUGGGGCAAAUGCAUCCAAUUCGUCAUCUCUUGAGUGCCCUAAUGGUGAUUCUGAGUCCAAUGAAGAAGGCCAGUCUUUGUCCAAUAGCGGGAGGAAUGAGGAAGAUGAUGAUGCCACUAAAGAACCGCAGCCUGCUGCUCCUAACGAACCAGGAAAUUAUGGGCAAGAACAACAAGGGACGCAGCAUACUGCAUCAUCUGCACCAUCCAUGCGUGAAGAAUGCCUUACUCAGACACCGCAGCUGGAACUCGUUGGUCAUUCAAUUGCAUGUGCUACAAAUCCUUAUCAAGAUCCGUAUUAUGGGGGCAUGAUGGCAGCUUAUGGUCACCAGCAGUUGGGAUAUGCUCCUUUUAUAGGAAUGCCUCAUGCCAGAAUGCCUUUGCCCCUUGAGAUGGCUCAAGAGCCUGUAUAUGUGAAUGCCAAACAGUACCAAGGAAUUCUGAGGCGAAGACAAGCCCGUGCUAAAGCAGAACUUGAAAGGAAGCUAAUAAAAUCUAGAAAGGUUUUCUACCAAAGAUGCAACGGAAGUAAAAAAGAAGCCUACCUCCCAUAUCUUCACGAGUCUCGGCACCAGCAUGCUAUGAGACGGGCGAGGGGUACUGGAGGACGAUUUGCAAAGAAAUCCGAUGCUGAGGGUUCAAACAACUCAGGCAAGGAAAAGGAUAAUGGUACUGAUUCUGUCCUAUCAUCACAAUCAAUUAGUUCAUCUGGUUCUGAACCUUUGCAUUCUGACUCUGCGGAAACCUGGAAUUCUCCUAACAUGCAACAAGAUGCAAGAGCAGCAAAAGUACAGAACAGGUUCGAAGCACCUGGUUUCCAAAAUGGCAGUGGCUCUUACAAUAAUCAUCACAGUUUGCAAUCUUCGGUGUAUCAUUCAUCCUCAGGUGAAAGAGUGGAGGAAGGGGACCGUUCAGGUCAGCAACUAAACCACAAUUGAUGGGGGGGUUUAGAGGCCGAGGUUGGUUUGUAUCCUAGAGACAUAUUGGUGAAUACCUUGGUUAUCUGUAAACAUUCUUGGCAAUAUAUGUGCCAAGCGGCAAAUCAUUCUUGGCUUUGUUCUUGUGUUUAUGGUGUGAAUUCUAUUAUGGGGGAGGGAAAAGAAUGAUUGAUUAUUGAUAUUUGUGAUUUCUGUUGAAGUCGGUCAAUCAAUCCUUCAUUCUUUUCUCGUUUUAAUUUUGUACAGUUUUAUAGUGGUUAGUCAACUCCAACUUCAACCAACUUGGGUGGAUGAUGAUCAGGUUAGAAGAAACAAACUCUUGAUGUACCAACACUCUGUUUGACUGGUUUAUUGUGUAGUUCAACUGGCUGUUAGACGUCAUAGGAUAAUGAACAUGCUGUUAGUUACUACACCAUUUAUUGGCCUUUGUUUUAAUGUUUCGCUUGUCAUUGUUCUACAGAAAAUUAAUUUUUCAUGAAUGAAAAAGUAAUAUUUCUGGCA